AUGCCUUCGCACAAAGACUCCUUUUCCUCGCUGUCGACCAGGCGGCGUGAGGCCUCACGAAAUUGCGAAUCUGCGUCGCUUGCAUCCCGCCAGUUCCAUGUGGAUGAGAACGAGACCGAGAUGUUCUCUGGAGCAGCGUCGCACGUAAUUCCCUCAUCGAUCUCUUCGUUCCAUCAUAAUCUACCGCAGCCGUUUCCCCAGCCCUCUAAUUCCAGUGUCGCCCUACAAGACGAUUUUGGCGAGCUCGAGGAUUUUUCCUUGCACCCUGUGGACUCGAAUGCAAGCACCGUUGAAUUCCAGGAGCGGGCCAAGUUUAAGUUCUUCACUACGCAGCAGAUCGAAGAGGCCAAGGGAGCGUCGUCCCAGCUGCACAAUCCAGAAGGAAUGCUGGUUGACUAUGACACCAAUUGGAAUACCUAUGACGACGAACUGCAUCACAGAAGUAUGUCAGUGCAGUACCCUGCUGCGUCCAUCCAUAGCAAUACCGAGCUGGCUUCUAUUCCAAUAACCAACUACGGAUCGAUGCACACAAGCGAGGAGGAAUUAUUUCCGGACGAGUAUCCGAACGAGGACGGCGAUCUUUCCUCAGAGCAUGACGAGUGGGAUACCAAGUCUGGAGUUUGGGCGGAUGUCAAACACCAUGAUAAACUGUUUGGGGCCAAAUUUCCAGCCAAAAACACCAGCCAACGGUUCUACCUUGCGGAAGAAGACCUUGUGAUUGGAAUUGCAGGCUACUCCAACUCGUACUUGAAGCUAGCAGCAUAUUAUCUAUUUAUUAUUCUCACUUUAGGACUCGGGUAUCUGGGGCUUCGCUGGUUCCCAAGAUACCGCAUUCAAAUGAUGGGCAACGCCACUCCGCUGGCCAAGGCGCAGUGGGUCGUUGUGGAGGAUGAAUUUGGUGUGCUGGACAUCAUCAAUGUGAAUAGACACUGGUACAACCGCUCGCUGUCGUCCUUUCUCACAACUUCCAAGUUCGAUGACAAAGACGAUUACGAUCUGGACAACACUGACCCUGUGGUUCCAAUUCUAAUUUCGUUCGAGUAUAGGUAUAUGAAAUUCUUCUACGACCCGCUGGAAGACAUCUACAAGCUGGCAAAUAGCUGGAUCGACCCAAAAUGGAGCCAUUUUCCAGAGAGCAAGACGGGCCUGUCCGAAGACCUGUAUCAAAGCAGGUCCCUCAUUUUUGGCGAAAACCUCAUCGACAUCAAGGACAAGUCGGUAUUCCAGCUGCUGACCGACGAGAUUCUUCAUCCAUUCUAUGUGUUUCAGGCAUUUUCCAUCUUGCUAUGGCUUGCUGACAGUUACUACUACUACGCAUUCUGUAUUUUCAUUAUAUCCCUCUUCUCCAUCGCGGAGUCGCUUAUUGAAACAAAGACGACCAUCGCGCGCAUGCGUGCUAUUUCGAGGUUUGAGUGCGACGUGCGAGUUUGGCGAAGUGGCUUUUGGAAGGAGAUCAACUCUAAAGAAUUGGUGCCAGGAGAUGUUUACGAGGUUUCUGAUGCGUCUCUUCAUUACUUCCCCUGUGACGCAAUUUUACUCUCGGGUGACUGCAUCGUGAACGAGUCCAUGCUGACAGGCGAGUCUGUUCCUGUGUCCAAGUUGCCAAUUUCGCCAGAGACAGCAGCAGAUCUGAGAAGUGAGUUUGCCAGCACCAAGUUCUCUCCUCAGUUAGCCAAGUCUUUUCUGUAUUCGGGGACGAAGAUCGUCAGAUGCCGUUACGCCAGCAACGGGGACGAGCCAGCAAUGGCCCUUGUUGUGAGAACUGGUUUCAACACCACUAAGGGCUCAUUGGUGAGGUCAAUGCUAUUUCCCAAACCAAGCGACUUCAAGUUUUACCGGGACUCCUUCAAGUAUAUUGGUGUCAUGACAGUUAUUGCACUGAUUGGUUUUGUGGUUUCUGCUAUCAACUUCGUCAAGCUCGGGCUGGGAUGGAAAACAAUCACCCUGCGCGCAUUGGACCUCAUCACAAUCGUUGUUCCGCCUGCCUUACCAGCCACAUUGACAAUCGGUACCAGCUUUGCGCUUUCGCGAUUACGGCAUAAAAGCGUGUUUUGCAUUGCUCCUACGCGGAUAAACGUCGGAGGGAAGCUGGACGUCAUGUGCUUCGACAAGACGGGAACGUUGACAGAGGAAGGUUUAGACUUGAUGGGAGUUCGUGUUUCAGAGCCUAUCCGCGACCGCAAAGAGCGCUGUUUCUCCGAUUUAUACGCACAUGUGGACCAGCUAUUUGGUGCUGCGGCUAGUCCCCAGGCCUAUGAGCUGUUUCUGACAAUGCUUACUUGCCAAUCCUUGAAAAAGGUCGAAGACGAGAUUGUUGGAGAUCCCUUAGAUGCAAAGACAUUCGAGUUCACUAACUGGGACAUGAUCGAGAAUUCUGUGGACGACGCAGCCUUGAACGACUUUGACAGGCUCCAAAAUAAUACAUUAUUUGUGAAAUUACGCGAGUUUGAAUUUGUGUCGCAACUGAGACGGAUGUCAUCAAUAUGUCAGUCGCUAAACAAUCCAUCUCUGUUCAAUGUUUUCGUGAAAGGUGCACCUGAAGUGAUAGAGGACUUGUGUUUCCCAGAAACAAUUCCAGCUAAUUAUCGAGAAUUACUUCAUGAAUACACCCACAAUGGCUUCCGUGUGAUUGCUUGUGCUACCAAGACUAUGAAAAAACCGAACGCAGCCAACUUGACCGACCUGGAGUUUCUGAAUGAGCUUCCUCGUGAAAAGUGCGAAUCGGAGCUGGAAUUCAUCGGCUUUUUGAUUUUCGAAAACCGUCUGAAGAGUUCCACCAAAAGGUCUUUGAAACACCUUAAAGAUGCCGAGCUGCGCACCAUCAUGUGCACCGGCGACAACGUUCUCACUGCAGUCAGCGUCUCUCGCGAGUGCGGCUUGGUCGAACCGGGCUGCAAAGUCUACAUUCCUUCGUUUGAAGAGUUCGAGGACAAUCAGAGGAUACCGAUUGUCUGGACUGAGGUCGAUGACCCGGAUUCUCAACUGGACCCCGUCAGUCUGAUACCGCUGGAUAUCAAUCGCACAGACGAUUACUGCAUAGCCGUUACAGGAGAUGUGUUCAAGUACAUUUUGACUGAAUUGAGCGAUCAUGAACAGCUGAUUGAGAAGAUGUUGAUGAAAGGCACCGUUUUUGCCAGAAUGUCUCCCGAUGAAAAGCAUGAGCUCGUUGAUCGGCUAAAAUCGUUGGACUAUACCGUGGGCUUUUGUGGAGACGGGGCUAAUGAUUGCGGAGCACUGAAGGCGGCAGAUGUUGGAAUCUCGUUGAGCGAAGCAGAAGCGUCCGUGGCAGCUCCGUUCACGUCGAGAAUUUUUGAGAUCUCGUGUGUUUUGGACGUCAUCAAAGAGGGCCGAGCCUCUUUAGUGACUAGUUUCUCAUGCUUUCAGUUCAUGUCCUUGUACUCGGCCAUUCAGUUCAUUACGGUCACCAUAUUGUAUAAGGAGGGCACUAACCUGGGAGAUUUCCAGUUCUUGUAUAUCGACAUGUUUCUGAUCAUCCCCCUUGCUGUGUUCAUGGCCUGGAGCAAGCCUUUUGACAAGCUGUGUGCAAAACGGCCUACCGCAAACCUGAUGUCGCCGAAAAUACUGAUUCCUUUGCUCGGAAACAUUUGCGUUUUACUCAGUUUCCAGUUUUCUAUAUGGAGAUCGCUCAAGAAUGCCGACGACGACUGGUAUAUGCCUCCUGUUCCUGGUGACGACGAUCAGGUCCAAUGCUCUGACAACACCGUACUGUUUCUUUUUGCCAACUUCCAGUACAUCAUGGUUGCAAUGCUGCUGACGGUCGGCCCUCCGUACAGACAGUCCGCUGCUAAAAAUUACCCCUUCAUGACCACGGUUCUCACGACUUCGAUCUUAUCUGCUGCCCUGAUGUAUCUUGAUAACACCAGUUGGUUUGGAGAUCUGAUGGACAUCACCUGGACACCAGAAAGCCUGAAAAUAAGUCUGCUAGUGGCUGCCUGUGCCAACUACCUAAUAUUACUCGGUGCUAACAGAUAUUUAUUUGGCCGGCUGUCAAAGCUCUACAAGCGCGUGUUUGGCCAUCGCGCAAGCAAAAAACGGUUCAAGAACCUUCGAAAAGAGUUCAAAGUGCUAUGUUGA